ACUUGAUUUAGACCUUCACCCUGCAAAACCGAAGCCAGGACAGUAAUAGAACGUGAUACUCUGUCACAAAAACGAUGCAAACAGUAUUGUUCAACACAUUACCUCUCCAAAGUGUUGGAAAGGAGAUAACUUCGUGAUUGCCAGAAUAGAUUGCAUAUUCUUUAAGAUCCUUAAUAAAUUAACAGAUUAGUGCAGAAAUUUAGCUCAGGUCAGCGGAAGUUGUAGGUUAGCCAGUGGUGUGGAAAUUGAAGCCAGUUCAUGAUCUCAUUGAUACCGAUGUAUACAUAGGGCUUUUAUAAAACUCUCAAUCGACGAACUGAGAGGAGGGUAGCAAACUUGGACUACGAAGCAUCAAGAAAAUGGAACGAAAGCGGCAUAGAAGAAAGAGUGUUCCCAUCUACAGGGUGAUGAAGAAUCAAGAAGAGACUGGCAGCUCUCUUCGACAACUACAUUCAACAUCAGGGAAAGCCGUUCUGCGGUCUCUGGUGGAACCUAAGAUAAAGGGAAAAGAUCUGCUUGAAGAUGAUGUGAGCUCUGUCGAGGAUGAGAAGAACAAACAUGAGGAGAUAUGUGGAAUAUGUCUCAAUGGAAGAGGUAACGAGAAAGGGAGUUUGGAUUGCUGCAAACACACCUUCUGCUUUCAGUGCAUUAUGGGUUGGGGGAAGAAAGAGACCAAAUGCCCCAUAUGCAAACAGCGGUUUCUCACAAUCACUGUCAUGACAUCUUCAGUAGCGGACUCAUCAUCUGGCCAUCACCAAGCGCAGAAAACAUCAUUCCGUCUUCCUCAACGAGACCUGUUGGAGAAAUCCAAGAGUAACUUGCAUCUCGCAGUCACCAAGUCGGGUUGCAAGAGCCUUAGCAUGUACGUGGAAGGUUGGAAUGGCAAGUCCAAACAAGAAGAAAACGUGAUGCUUAAGAUGGAACUGGUUUGUGAAAAAUGUGACACCUUCGUCCUUGCCAAAAUAGAGGAGGUUGUCAAAGUUGGGCAGCUUAUACCUUUACCUCUGAAUCACGGGUCAUGGGCAUGUGAAGUUUGUUCAGGCACGCGUGCGACAAAAUUAACGACACUGGACGAGGACCUAGACUUUGACUUCGAAGUGACGGACAAACCUUUCAGGCGGAUAUGUCAGUUUCCCAGUGACAAUGUGGGUCUGAACUCCCUGAUCACCGUAUCACGUUCACGACGAGCGCGACCAUCCAACCCGCUUUGCCAGGUAUCGUCCUCGUUUUCUCAAACUACGUGCACUCGUGAUCAGAUUCCAUCACCAUCCCUCCCCGAGAUGAUAACCAGGUCAGCACCACCACAGUGAGGACUGGGGGACAGUGCAGUAGAGCACUGUUCGCUUGUCAGCCUUGGCCAACGUCAGAGCAGAAGGAGGGUCACAACGCUGUACGAUGGCAGUUGAGAGAAGUCGGGGUUGGGCUCGGCGAUCGAUGGGAAGGGCCAAAUGACGUGGACAGAGAGCGGAGGCCAGAACGGGAGAUUUGACACUUUCACCAGGUUAGUAAUGACUACGAUACGCACUCAGAGUACGUAGUACGUAGACCCGUGCGAUACACCACAGCAAGGGAUACGUGCCCCAUGUUAUGAAGACUAACGAGAACAAUCGUUCAUUAAGUGAUUUGAGACAAUACAGCCUGAUAAGGCAAACUUCUU